AUGGCUCAACAAGUGAGCAGCGGUAACUCAAUCCAUGAGGUCGGGCAGUCUCAGGCUCAGCCUCACAAGGUGACUGAGCCUGUUGCUGCGCAGCAGUCGAAUUCUAGCCCGGGCUUACUGGGAAAAUUCAAGGGGCUUUUUUCCUCCGAUGUUCGUGAUGAGGUCCACAAUUAUAAGGAUAUCGAGAUUCACACCUGGAAUGGCCCCGAUGAUCCCGAUAACCCUUUCAACUGGGAGAUGAAAUACAAGUGGCUCCUUACCCUCACUGUCUGCUUCAUCUCCAUCUUGACAGGUCUUCCGGCAGGAACAUACGGCUCUGGAAAUGACUGGAUGGAAACCGAGUUUAAUGUUCAAAAUUCGCCAUUCCCCAACCUUUACUGGGCGACCACGUCCUGGAACAUGGGCGCUGCCUUUUGGCCGUUGAUCUUCGUCCCACUUACUGAAUCGUCUGGCCGAAUGCCUGGUUACUUUGUGGCCUAUAUCAUUCUGGUGAUCUCGCUGUUUCCCUCCGCGUUUGCGAAGAACUUUGCGACGCUGGUUGUGACUCGGUUUUUUGGUGGCGGUGCUUCGUCAGUGUCUAUCAACAUUGUCGGAGGAAGUAUUAGUGAUGUCUGGUUUGGCGAGAAGGCCCGCAGUGUGCCUAUGUCCAUUUUCGGAUUCACUAGUGUUGUUGGCAUUGCGCUUGGUCCGUUUAUUGGCUCUGCGAUCGUGCAGAUUCCUCGAAGUGAGCCUUGGAGAUGGAUUUUCUACAUCCAGAUCAUCUACAACGCAGCUCUGAUCCCAGUCUUCUGGUUCAUCCUCCGUGAGACCCGACCGGACGUCAUCCUCAAAGCGCGCGCCCGCAAGCUGCGCAAGGAAACCGGACGACCCAUAUACGCCGCCGCAGAGAUCGACGCACCUAACAAGCUCUCCCUGCUAAAGAUCUCCUUCCAACGCCCAACCCGCAUGUUGACCUCGGAACCCGUCGUAAUCUUCUUCACGCUCUGGAUCAGUUUCGCCUGGGGAAUUCUGUACCUGUUCUUCUCCAGCGUGGUGCAAACCUACUCGACAAACUACCACUGGAGCACGCUGGCAACCGGCCUCGUGCAACUAGCCAUCUCCGUUGGCGCCGUCAUCGGCACAAUCAUCAACCCCAUCCAGGACUGGUUCUACUUCCGCUCCGCAAAACGCAACACCGAGAAGCCGGGCCGCGCGAUCCCCGAAGCGCGACUGUACACUGCCAUUCCGGGAAGCUUGCUUUUCGCGGCUGGUCUGUUCUGGUACGGAUGGGCUAGCCAGCCUGAUGUGCACUGGAUUGUCCCGACGAUCGGUAUUACGGCCGCAGGUAUUGGAAUCUAUUCCAUUUACAUGGCUGUUGUGAACUACCUGACUGAUGCGUAUGAGCGGUAUGCUGCGUCUGCGCUCUCGGCUGCCUCGCUGGGCCGGAACUCAUUUGGCGCUUUCUUGCCGCUGGCUUCGCCUCAGCUGUUCAGCAACCUUGGUUUUGGCUGGGCUGGUACGCUGCUUGGUUUUAUUGGAAUUGCUUUGUCGGUUGUGCCGGUUGUGUUGGUCUGGAAGGGUCCUCAGAUUCGGGCGAGGAGUACUUUCAUGCGUGAGGCUAUGUGGGAGCCUGAGGAGAAGGUCGAGAUUGAUCAGUCUGGUAAGAAUGAGAUGGGACCGUGUGCCGAGGGCGCCGAGGGCGUUGUGUAA